CAGCCGCCUCGCAGGUAACGCCCUCGCCCUCAACUGAGAGCCCAGUGCUCCUAUUUUGCGAGCCGACUGACGCGCUUCGUGCUAUACUGCUAUUCCUCUCUUGUUCGGCUACCCCGGCCGGGAAGGGAAGGCAGCCGUCCUCUCCGCACCUCCCCUGCUCUCCUCGACCUCCGACGCACCCCAGACACCGCAGAGAUGCAGAACCCUAGCGGCCACCACCCCGCGACGGCCGCCCCGUCGUCGGCGCCGUCCAAGGGCAAGUCGUCGGCGCCGAACCCUAGCGGCCACCACGCCGCGACGCCGGCGCCGUCGGGGACGCCGUCGAAGGGCAAAUCAGCGGCGGCGCAGGCCGCGGCUUCGGGCCAGGGCUCCUCUUCCCACCACCACACUGCCGGCGGUGGCGGUGGUGGCGGCGGCGCCGACGCGUCCGCCACCACCCUCAAGCGCAAGCGCGGCGUCUUCCAGAAAGACCUGCAGCACAUGAUGUAUGGCUUUGGGGAUGAUCCAAAUCCACUUCCAGAAACCGUUGCACUUGUGGAGGACAUUGUUGUCGAAUAUGUCACUGACCUGGUGCACAAGGCGCAGAAUGUUGCCUCAAAGAGAGGGAAGCUACUGACGGAGGAUUUUCUUUAUCUUAUACGCAAGGAUUUACGAAAACUGCACCGUGCUACUGAGCUACUGUCCAUGAAUGAAGAGCUCAAGCAAGCAAGGAAAGCUUUUGACGUGGAUGAAGAGACGCUGGCUACGACUAACAUAUGAUGUCUUCGUAGUUGUACAAUCUGCAUGUUAGAGUAACUAGUACAGAUGCACUGCAUGUGUCGGACAACUGUUGGCAUCGACUUGUAACUUUUCUGGUACAAAUUUUAGUUACUUUCCUGACAGUUACUGCUAUGGUUGUAUGCCCUACUCAGUGAAGAUGAAAGGUUUGCUGUUUCAACACAUCUUAAUGUAUAAAUGCAGACUUUUUGUUUGUGUUGAACCAGACAACUCAUGAACAUUGCUGGCGGGGGAGAUAGUUGAAAAGUAAAAUUGCCAGACAAUUUACAGAUA